AUGGUGAAUGGACAACUUGGAGCCGUCGUGAAUGAGAAUCCAAUCUACAAAGAUUUUCAGUUCAAUCCAUUCACAAUCGAAUCGUUUUUGUCCUUUUCCCCUUUUAUUUAUAUUAUUCCUACUUUUGUGAUUAUUUUCCGCAUUUUUCGAAUAUUUUUAAAUACUGUUUUAUGGAAGAAAAAGUCACCUAUUAACCAUAGUGUAUUUAUAGUUUUGGUUUUGUCACAGAUUUCAAGUCUUGGCUUCUUCCUCGCUGACCUAUUUGUCAUCCGAAUCCCACCAUCUGGAAUAAUGACUUCUUGGUGUUAUAACCAACCACCGAGUCAUUUGUUGAAUCUUCUCUUCAAUACCCAAGCAUAUUUCAAUUAUUGUGUUAUGCUAUAUCCAGUUCUCUUUUCAACUGUUCGUUUGGUAAUCACCUACUUCCCAAAUCGACACGAGGAAAUAAAUAGAAAAAUAUUGAAACGUGUCAUCCCAUUGAUCCACGUUUACCCACUACCUAUGUUAUUCUUCAUGUUUCCAGCUCUUGGAGUUUGCCGGCAACAUCAUUAUCCUUAUCGUUUAGGAGCUGUUUAUGUUCAUUUUAUUGGAUCAUUUAAUGGAAUUAUGAGUGCACCAAUUACAAUUUUAAACUCGGCUAUUUGGCUAACAGUCUGUUUGAUUUUAAAUUGGAUACUAUAUAGAAAACUAAGAAAAAUUAAGCUGUCACAGAGCAUAUCUCAAUUGAGCCAAGUCGGAAAAAGCAGAAAAAUUGAAAUAUCAUUGUCACUUACUACAACUGCAAUGUUUUUCGCAUACACUACCAAUUUAUUCUUUUUGGGUUCAUUCAUCAUUGACUACAAUAUCGCCACGUAUCUUGUGGUUUUCCGUCCCUUUGGUUAUGAUUUGGAGCUGUGCGUUGUUCCGCUGGUAUUUUAUUUCACUCAUCCGGCAUUCAAGAGGAAAAAGUCAGAGUCAAGAAUUUCUGUGAACCCGAGGAAUCCUGGACUGUCUACGUGA